UACAGUAGCAUUCUGCAAAGUUCAAUCUUUUCUUUAUAAAUAUUGUAUGUUUUCUUUUAAGUACCUAGUAACUAUAUAUUAUUUGCACGCAUAACAACUAUAGCGAUACAUAUAUUUUUAAUUAUUUUGUAUACCAUUUUAAAUUCUGUACUAUGUCAUGCAUUUAUUAAUUACCUACCGAUGUUUUGAAGUCCCUGUACGCGUGACAGACAAGAAGAUGCCUAACACCUUCCCUGUUUCGAUUUGUAAUUUACUAUGUAUUCUUUUAUUUUCAAUGGAACUAAAGGUCUGUUUGUUAUCACUUAAGCUUAUACAUAUUAAUAUGUGACUGUUUGUUUCCUAAAAAAAAAAAAAUGAUUUCUGGACGACCCCCAAACAGCGCCGCGAGCUGCACAUACACCGCGUCACGCUGCCCGGCCUCGACUAUGACACCACAUACGUAUACAACGUGGGCUCGGACUUCGGCAUGUCGGAGCUGUUCUCCUUCCACGUGCCGCCCAAAGGCAACGACAUCAAGGUCCGCGCCGCCAUCUACGGCGACAUGGGCAAUAAGAACGCGCACUCCCUCUCAUACCUACAAGAAGAGGCGGAGCGCGGGAACUUCGACCUGAUCCUCCACGUGGGCGACUUCGCGUACGACAUGCACGACGACGACGCCAGGGUCGGAGACCAGUUCAUGCGCCAGAUCCAGCCCAUCGCCGCCAUGGUGCCCUACAUGACGUGCCCCGGCAACCACGAGGCCGCCUACAACUUCAGCAACUACCGCGCGCGCUUCUCGAUGCCGGGCGGCACGGAGAGCAUGUUCUACAGCUUCGACCUGGGGCCCGUGCACGUCGUGGCCAUCUCCACCGAGUACUACUACUUCCUGCAGUGGGGCGCGCGCAUGCUGUUCGAGCAGUUCGCCUGGCUCCAGCAAGACUUGGCAAAGGCUAAUGAACCUAAAAACAGAGCCGAGCGUCCGUGGAUCGUGCUGAUGGGCCACCGGCCGAUGUACUGCAGCAACUCCGACGACAUCGACUGCAGCUUCGAGUACACGAGGCGAGGGAUCCCCUUCAUCGGGAUGAGUCUGGAACCCCUUCUGAAGCAGUACGGUGUGGACGUGGUGAUCUGGGCGCACGAACAUUCGUACGAGCGCUCGUGGCCGCUCUACGACGGCAAGGUCUACAACGGGUCCCUUGAGCACCCCUAUACCAAUCCUGGGGCGCCCGUGCACGUGGUGACGGGCUCCGCGGGCUGCCAGGAGGGCCGCGACCGCUUCUAUCAUAACCCGUACUCGUGGUCGGCGUUCCGGUCGCAGGACUACGGCUACACGCGCCUCGCGGCGCACAACCGGACGCACCUCUACAUGGAGCAGGUGUCCGCGGAUCUCAAAGGCCAGGUGAUCGACUCCUUCUGGCUCGUCAAGACCAAGCUCUCCUUCAACAUGCCUUGAAUUGUAAUGCACAUACGCACCUAAUUUAUAAUAUCUGUCAUAAGUUUGAACGUUCUUGGCUAAUCGGAUAUUUUGACGGGUUAUUUGUAAAAACUUUUAUACAAGUUUUGAUUUGCCUACAUUUUUACCUAAAAGAAACAUUAACAAUUUUAUUGUUGCAAUUUUGACCCCAAGAUAUAUAUUUAAAGUUUUUGUUGGUUGGUAUUGCUAAUACUAACUAAAACCAAUCGGUAUGAAGAGCUUGAAUAUUGUGCAUUUCUGAGUAAGUAUUAUUUUCAGUACAAACAAAUGAAUAAAUAUCUAUUUGUAGAAAA